UGCUUUCCUAGAACCCCCCCCCCAUACUUGAGUGUGAUAUUGAGGUCUACUGGUGUGUUUAUCCCCUCCAAACCAGAACUUGCAGCACCUGUGCAUGCACCUGGAAACGGGCAGACUGACAACUCAUGGGGCCCCUGGGCAAUAGGGGAUCAUGGGGCCCCUGUGUCCUUACCCAAACUCAAAAAAGCCUAUGAAAAAGGUACCAGGGGCAUCUCAUGGGGCCCCCUACUGACCCCAGGCCCUUGAGUUUCCAAAUUGUCAGUCCUCCCCUGCCUGGAAAGCACUA